AUGUCGUUUCAAAUUGAUUUUAUAAAUUUUUCUGAGAAAAUAAUUCCAACAUUAACGGCUGAAUUGAUCGGAUAUUUUAGUAUUGAUGGUGAUAUGCAAUAUCAUGCCGAUUUAUCGCAACUGAAAUAUUAUAUUCCUCCUUCGGAUCCUAACAAUGUGAAUUUCGAUCUCAACAAAAAUUUUAUGUUUACUCGUCACAGACCUACUUCAUACCUCAAAUUGGAUAAAGUUUUAAGAUGGCUUUCUAAUAAUUUUCAUCGACUUGAAAAACCAGUAUUAGUACAAGAAGAACGUUGGUUGGAUAUUGAUUUCAUUGCUUCUCGUGGGACAAUAAAAACAAUACUAUGUAGCCCAUAUAAAAUGCGUGACGAAUGGAUUAUUUGCGCCAGUAAAUAUCGUGGUACAAUAUAUUUAUGUGAGUUUUAUUCAGAUGAAAGAGAACAUCAUUAUGCCAAUGCAUCAAUGUCAGAAAGACAAAUUCAUUCAUGGGGAUAUAAGUUUGAGCAGUACAUGGUAGCAGAUCAUCCAUCACAUACACCAGAUUUAAAACAACCUCUUAAUGAGUGUGAACAAUUUUACUGUAUGUUUAAAGCAAACUUUGACAAUCAUUCGUUAUUAUACGGGGCAGAAAUAGAUGGUAUUUCUUCACAACAGCCUAUAACGGAUACACUUGAAGGCAAAACUUUGGAAUUAAUCGAGUUGAAAACAUUUCCACUACUUCUUAAUGAAGAUGGAAAUAUAAAAAUUUCCUCCCUCAGAGUGAUGGAGUGGUGGAGUCAGAGCUAUUUGGUGCAUAUAAAUAAAAUUAUAUGUGGAUUAAAAGAGAAAAAUAUAGUGAGAAUGAUAAAAGAAUAUUCAAUGUGUGAUUUACCAAAGCUUUCAGAGCCGUCUUGUGAUAUAAACAGGAGCAAAAUAUUCUGCAAGAUAUUUCUAGACAACGUCAAAAGAAUUGUCAUCAAAGAUUAUGAUGAAUGCAUGUAUAAAUUUCACUGGACACCAUUCAACAAAGAUGUUGUAAAUUAUACUGAAGAAGCUUCUGAUAACAAAAAAUACUUUUUCUUGCAGUCAUGGUUUGUUGAUAAAGCAGAGAAAUACAAAAGACGUUUUCAGUAA